UGACACGCGUAUAAAACUGCCCACGACAAAGGCCCAGACUGAACACCAUCUGCCAUGUCAGCGACACUCGCACCCACCGCUCUGCGUAUCCGCCUGCCCACCGCGGGCCCCGCGCUGCGCCGCCACGCGCAUGGGCACGCCGACUACCAGCACAUCCCCUUCUCGUACGCGAACAAAACCGCCUUCGCCGCCAAGUGCGUCGCAUACCUCGGCCUCGGGUUCUCGCUCCCGUUCGUCGCGCUCGGGUGGCAGUGGUACAAGCCCGGGGGCUUCAAGAAUCCGUAGAUCGUCCGAGUCGCAUGGUGGUGGUGACGGAGAGGGAGACGAGCGUUGAUUAGAUUAGAUGGGUCUGGAUUGAGGACAUACAUAUACUGCUUAGCACACUGGAAUGGUUUAUUGCUGCCACGGCUCCGGUCGAAGAAGAUUUCAAUGCACUGGGCUGGAGCAGCUGUUUUCUUCUUCUUUA